UUCAUCCUUUCUCUCUCUAUCUCAUCCCCAAAACCAUUUUUGUUUCUCUCUCUCUCCUUAGCUUCUUCUCAAGAAACCAACCUGUCUCUUGUUGGAUACUCAGUUGGCUGUUGGAACCACUGAAACACACUCAUUUCCACACUCCCUUCCACUGUUAAAAGAUUUCUAAUCAAAUCUAACCUAAUCCCCUCUUUCCCACGCUCUCGAUUCCUGGAUUAGAGCCUCUAAUUUUGGUUUUCUUGAUUAGGGUUUUGUCGUCGAUCAAUUUGGGAAUUAGGGUUUGCUGCGGAUUAGGAAGAAGAAGAAGAAGAAGAAGAUGAUGAUGAUGGUUAUGAUGAUCGUCAAGCAGAAGGAAUCCCUUUGAUUAGUACAGUGCAGUCGUGAAUUUAAUUUAAUUUUGUUUUAUUUUAAUUUGGGUUUGGGGUUUUAGGGUUUGUGGAGAUCUGAAUUGGGAGUUUGAAAAAAAAAUGUCGUUACCUGGGGAAGAUAAAGAAAUGAUGAGAAUGCAAGCUUACAGCAAUUCAGCGGCGGCUCCGUCAAUGAUGAGCCCGACCCGGGGACCCGACCCGAACAACCCCGGCGGAUCCAAAUCUUCCCGGCCCAGAAUCAGCUACCGCGAAUGCCUCAAAAACCACGCCGCCACCAUCGGCGGCCACGUCACCGACGGCUGCGGCGAGUUCAUGCCCAGCGGCGACGACGGAACCCUAGAAGCUCUAAAAUGCGCCGCCUGCAACUGCCACCGGAACUUCCACCGGAAGGAGCACCCCGGCGAUCCCUCCGGCGCUACCGCCACCGCCGCCGCCAUGGUCCACCCCCUCCAGCUGCCCCCGCCGCUGCCGUCUCCCUCCAUGAGCCAACACCGCGCCGCCGCCGCCGCCCACUGGGGCUCCGUCGUCCAACCCCUCAAAAUUGCCUUCGGCAGCGGCGGCGGCGGCGCCCCCUCCGCCGGCACCGACUCCUCCAGCGACGAACUCAAUUUCAACACCGGCGGCGGCGGCGGUCUCGCCCCUCCGCCGCCCCAAUUCGGCGGCCGAAAACGGUUCCGGACAAAAUUCACGGCGGAGCAGAAGGAAAAAAUGCUUGAAUUUGCAGAGAAAUUGGGAUGGCGGAUUCCUCGGGAAGACGAUUCGGAGGUGCAGAGGUUUUGCUCGGAGGUAGGCGUAAAAAGACAGGUCUUUAAAGUGUGGAUGCACAACAACAAGACAUCAUCGUCUUCGAAGAAAACUCCUCCUCCCCCGCAGGAACAAUUGAUCAUGGAAAGUACUUAAAUCCGCCAUUUUUGCAGCAGCCCUAGCUCUCAGCUCAUCAGGUAAGAAAAAAUGUGGUGGGAGCCUUUUGUAAUUCAUUUAUUCACUUGCAUCAUCAUUUCAUAUAUAGCUCAAGAAUCCCUUUUAUUUUAUUUUAUUUAUUUAUAAUAAUUAGUGAUGUGGAUGUAACAUCAUU